AUGGCUGACGACCCACAGAGAAAUUUUCGUUCUGCUUAUUAUGAGAAAGUUGGCUUUAGAGGGGUCGAGGAGAAAAAGUCCCUGGAAAUUCUGCUCAAGGAUAACCCCCUUGACCUGGAAAAGCUGAGCACUUUUAGCCAGCGGUUUCCUCUUCCAUCCAUGUAUAGGGUCCACGUGUGGAAGGUUUUGUUAGGCAUCCUGCCACCCCACAGUGACUCCCAUAACUUGGUUGGAAGCUACAGAAAGGAGCAAUACCAAGACAUCCGGGAGGCACUGAAGGUGAUGAGAUUUAUCGAAUCCUCCACACCUUCAACCCAUGUGUACCUGCGUAUGUUCCAGCUUGAGAGCCAGGUGCUCCCGCGCUGCUCUGAAAUGUCACCACCGGAUGAAAAGAACGAGGACUUCUUAUCCAUCAGUCAAGCAAUGGAGGAGAUUGCAGAAAAUCCGGUUGACUGCUACUGGCUAAUUAAAAGUUUUAUCACCCAGUUCCACACCAAGUUUGGAGACUCAGUUCCGCAUCUUCCAAAGAGCCUGGAGCACUACCUCAGUCAGGAGGAGCCUGGGCUUCUGAGCCAUCUGAAGAACAAUGGUGCUUUGGCGCAACUCCCAUAUAACCUCUGGUUCAGGCACUGCUUUGCUGGCUGCUUGCCCGAGUCCAGUUUGCAGAGAGUCUGGGACAAGGUGAUCAGUGGCUCCUGCAAGAUCCUGGUGUUUGUUGCUUUGGAGAUACUUCUCAGCUACAAGAUUAUGUUGCUGGGUAUCAGCCGACCAGAGGGUGUUGUCAAGUUUCUGUGCAAUAUACCGCAGGAGAACACUGAUGCCAUCGUAACUAAAGCCAUUGAUCUUUGGCACAAAUAUUGUGGCACCCCAAUACAUGCCAUGUAA